GAGCGAUAUGUUCGAUUUUUAAACGAAAAUCAUAUAACCGGAAGUUAGAGCUCUUGGCAGAAUCGUAAUUGAUCCCCCUGUGGGGUGGCGUUAGGAUUGAAUGAUUCUUGUUGCUAAACCACCAAGAUUGUUUACAUCGGACAUGCAGCAAACCGUUGGGCCAUUUCUCAGGAAGGAUUAAUGAUAGAAUAUCAUCAAGAGCUGUCUUAUGAUUUGAGUUCUGUAUUGUUAGAAAAGAAACAAGGUUUUUAGAUGGCUUGUUCGAUCGUUAGUCCUGUACAACACAAAACCUUCAACAAGAUGGCAAAUCAAAACAGAACCUUUUUGAUUGAAAUCCCGAACGUGAAUACAAAGCAGAAGGCAGAAAACCUUCAAGAAGCAUUUGAAAAGUUUCGAAAAAGCAGACAGCGUGAAAUGAAAGUGGCAAGAAUCAUGGAAGAGAGAGCGUUGACACAGCGACAGGAUGUGAAUAGGAUGAAUGGACUGAGACAAACUUUUCUUGAAGGACUAAAGAAAUACUUUGGGGUUCCUUAUGCCAAGAGAUAUCAUGACGAAAAUUCACCAUAUUAUAAUGCUCCACUGUUUCUUGACUGCUGUGGUCUCAUUCGUCGAGUGUUGCUGGAUCUGAAGGAAGAAUUUGGCUUUGUUGUUGGAGGUGGCAAUCAGGCAUACAUGUAUGACACACUGCCUGGGGAUAUCAAAGAACAAGUCGACAUGAAACCUGGUGAUUUGGUUUUCAUAUCAGCAACUUAUUAUGAAAAACCUGGCAAAAAAUGGAAAAGACAGCGUCAUGACAUGGUUCAUGUGGAGAUCUGGCUUGGUGAGGGUGAAAAGACUAUUGGUGCCAGAUGGCAGAAAGGAGUGGUACAAGUAUUUGACUCUUACAAGUUUGUGUCAAAAAGCUACUACAAUAUGAAAUACCACUUUAAAUCCAUCGAUACUUGGCUGAUGGGGAUUUGUAAAAGCUUUUGUCCAGAGCAUCCAUGGAGGUCAUCUGUGUAUGAUCCGGGCAAGAAAUCUAUUUUUGCUGAAGAUGAAGAAGAUCAAUGCCAGGCAGCUGAGGAAGAAGAGGGAUCUACUGGUGAACAACAGCAAACAGAUGAUUUGUUGAGCCAUGAAGAGCAAAAUGAACCCUCACCUUCUGUGCGGAUUAGUAAAGAUGAGCAGAAUCCAAAAGAUGAAACCUCAACAAUAAGCUGCAAGAGAAUAGAAGAUUCUCUCAAUAUUACAAUUGAGCAUCAAUGUCUAAUGUAUGAAGAAAAUGCUAAGAAGGAGUUUGAAUCUACUUCAAGACGAGAGGAGGCUUCUGAUCGCGACUUGUGUGAUUUUGAUCAUGAACAAUUACACAAACAAUUAUUUGAUUAUGACAAAACAAACUGUUCCUGUCCAGAAUGUUGUCCAAUAUAUCUUAACUGUAUUCACAACCUAGGCAAAAAACAAGAGAAUGGAACGAUUAAUCUAGAAGAAACGAGUUCCAAUGAUCUUACAAGUUCUUUAGAAUGUUUUGAGGUCAUUGCAUUGCCUGAAUGCCGCAGAGAAGUGGAAAAGAAUAUUUCCACUUGUCCCAUUGAGAAAGUAGAAUCAAAUGGCAAUAGUGGGUCAUCCUCUCCGUCUAAAGAUAGUCCCAAUGAAGGUUCAAACGGAUCCCCUACGCGUGACAACAGUAACGGUAAAAAGAAAGGAAAAGAUAGCCCGCCAAAACCUGUAAGAGAUGGUGUCAAGUCGCGCUUGUGUCACUCGGGACGACAGCCUGCUUACUACGUCAGUCCUGGGAAUGGAAGCUUCAUGGUUGAAUCAACCUUGCAGUCGUUGGGUUGGCGAAAGCUUGAAGACCGAUACGAUGAAUCCUUCAAACUAAAAUGGGUUGAGUGCAAGAGUCAAAUUGACUACAGCAACUUUAGAGAAGGUAACCAGCUCGUUAACCACAUUUCCAAUAUUGGUGUUCUUACAACCAAGCUUGGGUUACUGUGCAGCUUACAAGAAUAUGAAAGAGUAUUGGAUAAAAUAGGAUCGAAGCAACGCAUUCAACUAAGUGACUUCGUACCGGAAACAAUAAGACUAACAAACACUACUGAAAAACAGAAGUUCCUUAAUGAAGUUUACAAAGAAGGAGAAGUCUGGAUUUGUAAGCCUAUUGGACAGAAUCAAGGCAAGGGUAUUUACAUGAUCAACAGCUCUGCACAACUGCGGGAUAAACUGCAUCUUAACGAUCAAUAUCAAAAUACUAACAGUAAUGGACGGCGUAGCAGUCAAGUUAGACCAUCACCGGGUCGAAUCAUUCAGAGGUAUAUAAUGAAUCCUCUUCUCUUGAAUAAUCACAAGUUUGACAUCAGAGCCUACAUGUUCAUCGCCAGUACCAAUCCCUAUGUGGUCCUUUACCAUCAGGGGUACAUACGUCUUUCUUGUGUACCGUAUUCACCUUACUCUGAAGAGGCUGGGAAUUCGAUUUUACUUGCUCAUCUGACCAAUCAGUACAUCCAGAAGAAACAUCCUUCAUAUUCAAGCAUGAAAGAAGAGACUGUUUGGUCGUUUGAGCGAUUACAGUCCUAUAUCGACGAACACCACACAAAAGAAAAGGGAUUAGCAAAGAACUGGAUGUUCACGACUUUUACUAAACGAAUGCAACAAAUCAUGCUGACAUGUUUUCACAGUGUUCGGAAGAAGUUGCAUCGAAGAAGUGGAUUCUUUGAUCUUCUUGGAUUUGACUUCAUGAUAGACGAGAACUUCAAGGUUUGGUUGAUCGAAGUCAAUGUCAACCCAUCACUGAAUACCAACUGUCAGGUUCUCAAAGACGUUAUUCCAACUAUGGUGGACAGUACAGUGAGAAUAGCUUUAGAAAUCUUUGAGAAGGCAAAAAAGGGACGACCAGUUUUUCCCUUGGAAAACAAAGGUGACUUCAUCGUAUUGUACAAUGGAGAAGGCAAAGGUUAAGAUACCAGAAAGAAUGGUGUGAAUACCGACGUUUCUCGUCGUGCCAAAAGAAAGAGUAGGCAAGAUGGAUAAAUACUAAGAUGAACAAGAGAAUACUGAUACUAAUAGAUAGGAAUUAUAUAAGCAAUGCGAUUUGUGAUGGAAUCAAAUUUACAAUUGAAUGUCUGUGGCAAUACGAGUGAGACUGAAUCUUCGUGAACCGGUAAAGAUAAUUGUACAACAGACAAGAGCUUGUCACAUCUAAUCGUACUUAGUACAUUGCAGUACUUAGUGUUCAUUUGUCCCAUUUAAUCGAUCAUUUUUACGCAUGUCAUUCUUUAAGGGGUGGAGUCUAAAAGACUCAUUAUUACUUAGUACCAGUGUAGCGUGUCAAAAGGGUGAAUUUAAGCAAGUUACUAGUGUAAUUUGGGGUUGUGUUUCAUAGUGCAUAGCUGGGCGGGUGUGUUGUUACUAUGAUACCUGUGGUAGCCCAAUCAUAAAAUGCGUGGCGUUUCUCCGUAUUUUCUCGUGUCAGAAAAUGCGAAAAUUGCGCAAUUCUUCCCAUAUAUGGAUUGGAUGACGUGUCGAUAGCUUCAUAUGCGAAAUCACAUGCAGGAAUUGUUAUUGUGGAAUCGAAUAUGCAUGUUCUUUAAGGAUGUGGCCAAAAAUUUAUAUCUUGAGCUAAUGAGCUAAUUCCAUCAUUGAAUAAAGUUGGCGACCUUCAAUUCCACGUGGUAGACUUUCAUUGCGGAGUUUUACUAGUAAGUCAUUUAUUCUCAUUCGUGUUCACUGGUUCAGUGAGAUUAAACGAGACUUACCUGUAA